UGGCGGCCUGAAUGGCUGUGACUUUUCGCAGCUCCCGACAGAAGAUUCGCGAAUAGGAUAAAACAUUUAUGUAGAUUCGCAACGAAUAUCUCAAACAUUUGUCUUUCGCAAAGCCCACGGAACGGACGUUGAGUUUGGAUUACUGAAGUGAAGAUUGAAGACGUGAUAGAAGAUGAACCACUGCGAUGCUAAGAUGGCGACGUCCAGUCAACGAGAAGGUGGAAGAGAAUCAGCGCCACCAACUCCCAGCACAUCAUCAACGGAGAAAAAGUCUCAAAUUGUAGAUAAAGACGUCCAGCAGCUGACUGGACAUCAAGGAGAAUGUCCUCCUGAGCUGCAGAGUGGGAGCUCCACUUUGAAGCAGGAGGAUCCACAGCCCCCCCACAUUAAAGAGGAAACGAAGGAACUCUGGACCUCCCAGGAGGGAGAACGUCUUCUCACGCUGGAGGAGGCUGAUCUCACCAAGUUGCCACUGACUGUUGUCUCUGUGAAGACUGAAGAUCGUGAAGACAAACCACCUGAGUCCUUACCUUGGUUGUGUUCUUCAGAUGUCCAGCAGGUGAUUGAGGGGCCGCAGGUGGGAAGCUGCACUUUAAUGCAAGGGGAUCCACAGACCCCCCACAUUAAAGAGGAAAAGGAGGAACUCUGGACCACUCAGGAGGGAGAGCGUCUUCUAGGGCCGGAGGAGGCUGAUCUCACCAUGUUGCCAAUGACUGGUGUCUCUGUGAAGACUGAAGACCAUGAAGACAAACCACCUGAGUCCUCACAGUUUCAUCACAGUCCAAGUGAGGAGAACAGAAGGGCGGAGCCUCCAAACAGAAGCUCUCCACAACACAUGACAACAGAAGCUGAUGACGACCACUGUGGAGGAUCACAAGCAGACAAGCUCUUAGCUCCACUAUCAGAUAGUGACGACGCAACGUCACACUCUCCUGAGGAUGAAGACAGGGAUGACAUCCAAGAACCUUUCAGCGGCGAUACAGACUGGGAAGGUGAUAUGAGUAUAGAUGAGAAUAGACGGUCUGAAUGCUCUAAAAAGAAGACAGGGAAGAAAUGUUUCAUCUGUUCAAUUUGUGCAAGAAGAUUUUCUUUUAAGUGCCAUUUGACUCAACACAUGAGAACUCACACAGGAGAAAAACCUUUUGCUUGCUCUGUUUGUGGUAAAACGUUCUCUGAUCAGUCAGGUGUGGGACGACACAUGAGAACGCACACAGGAGAAAAACCUUUUAGUUGCUCAGUUUGCAAUAAAAGAUUAACUCGCAAGUCAAAUAUGGCAGCACACAUGAGAACACACACAGGAGAAAAACCUUUUGCUUGUUCUGUUUGUGGUCAAAGAUUCCCUGAACACUCAGGUAUCGUACGACACAUGAGAACGCACACAGGCGAAAAACCUUUUAGUUGCUCAGUUUGCGAUAAAAGAUUCUCUCAAAAGUCUACUGUGGUAUUACACAUGAGAAAGCACACAGGAGAGCAGUCGUUUGCUUGUUCUCUUUGUGGUCAAAGAUUCUUUUAUCAGUCAGGCAUGGUAUCACACAUGAAAACACACACAGGAGAGCAACCCUUUAGUUGCUCAGUUUGUGCUAAAAGAUUCGCUCGAAAAAGAGACAGUGUCAGACACAUGAGUACACACACGGGACACAAACCUUUCAGUUGCUCCGUUUGUGGUGAAAGUUACUCUUGUAAGAAAAGAUUGACAACACACAUGCACAGACACACAAUGGAAAAUAAACAUUUUACUGGCUAGUUUGUGCUAAAAGAUGAUCAAAUCACAGAAGUGUAAUGUCACGUGAGAAGCUUCUAGAAAGUGGUGAUCUGCUGUGUGUGUGAUAUUCCCUCAUGAGUUAGUGUGCUGGUCAUAAGAGUAGCGGCACAACCUUGAUUGGUUGAUUCCAGUUCCUCACGAUCCGCGAUCCAGAUGCUUUUUGAAGGCAGGGUCAUAAAAGCCUGCAUGGUUUAAAUGAGGGCGCUAACCAGACAUCUUUUUGGAUGAAAUGUCUGAACUUCUCCAUGAACUGUUUAAUGAUAUCAACUUUUUUAUCAGAUUUAUUUUGAAGGUCUUACAUUUUAAACCAGUAUAUAAUAUAAUGUAAAUGUUAUAAAGUUGCUUUUUAUAGGAGUGCACUUUCAUCAAAGAUGUUUACUUUUGAAAAAUAGGAUACUUUGUUUGCUGCCUGAAUGUUGUUGUAAGCUAUUUUUUAUGACACCCUUAUUUUGUUAACACAAGUAAAUGGGAUAUAGCCCAAAGCGUGUUUAUUUUGAAGGCCAGAAGUGUGUUGUGUGCGUUGAGAAGGUCCCUUGACUGUUGCUAACAGAGAGGACUGUGCACAUGAAUAAACUUGCCUAACCCUAGCCGAAGCUACGUUCCUUUAUUUACACAGACAUGUAAAUGACAUCCAGCGAGCGUCCUGAAACCCUGGGUUACAUCGGUAUGAGACAGACGUCAUUUACAGUUUGACUUCCCUGAUUCUGAUUUCCUAGAUGAGGUCCGACGUAGCGCAUCAACAACAGCGCACUCUUAUUUCUGCACCAUGAAUGUGUGAACAUGAACGUUGAUUGUGUACCCUCCAUUGCAUGAUAUUGUGUUGCAACGAGCCGACCACUCUUUUUCUUUAAUGUUAAGCCAAACAUUUUAGCUACUUUUUCUUUGCUGGUGCUCGCUGGCUUUUUCUUUGUUGGUGUUUACAGCAAUUUCUGCAAGUUGGCAAAGUGGGCAUCGAAACUAGGGAUUGAAAUAAAAAACUUUUGAACGAUCCAAGGAGAAUUGCAAUGUUAGUCCCGGUUCCUAUCGAUGCUUGAGACUCAAGUUUUUUUCAUUUUGCUUCUUUUGGACUGCAAAAUUGUGUUUGUGUUGUGACAAUGUUAUAUAAUUGUGUUGUACAUGCACACAAAGCGUAAAUUAUAAAGUGUCCUCUAAUGUAAAAAAAACACUUAAGUCCGCUUUAAUACAGAGAUAGGAACUGCCCUGUGACACAAGCAUAAGAUUAUGGAGACAGUGACUGUGUUCUUUUUUGAGGGCAAAAAGGCUUAUUAUAUUUCAUAGUAAAUGAACAAUGUUGUAUGCAAAACGUCAUAUAGAUAGGGGUGGACGUGUUGACGCAAAUGUGACAUCAGUGUAAUUAGAGCAAAAUAACACAAGGUCACACAGUACCACUCCCAUGCACACCAUGCCCACUUCAAAUGGUAUUCAUAUACAGCCUUAGAGAACCACUUCUGCAAAA